GACACUGGCGCUCCCCAAUCACAUCAGGCGCUUGGCUUUGGUGACGUCACAAACACGCCCCUCGCACGCGCUCGCCGGCCGGUUUCAACUAGAAUCUAACUAACCUUCUCCUCACCGCCGCCACAUCCUGGCGGCAGAGAAAGUGCCCGUGUUACUUUCCCGGUAACAUGGAAGCUCUGCGGAAAGACGCGAGGGAUAAUCCGUCGUCAAAGGCUAAUCUUCUCUCCAAGCUUUUCUUCUGCUGGUUGAAUCCCUUGUUCAAGAUUGGCUACAAGAGGAGGCUGGAAGAAGAUGACAUGUACAAGAUUCUCCCCGAAGAUGCGUCUGACAGACUCGGGGAGGAGUUACUGUGGUACUGGAACCAAGAGGUUAAGCUCGCGGCACAAGAUCUACGCCAGCCCAAACUCACCAGCGCCCUCGUAAAGUGUUACCGUAGAUCCUACGCUCGCAUGGGAACGUACAUCUUCGUAGAGGAAGUCAUCAAAGUCAUUCAGCCGGUGUUACUCGGUAAGCUCGUUGAGUACUUUGAGAGUGCUGAUGCCACAGGCCCAAGUGCAGUCUGCAAGGCCUACAGCUACGCAGCGGGCAUCUGCCUGUCCACCGUCUGGAUGGCCAUCCUCCACCAUCUCUACUUCUACCAGGUCCAAAGAGCGGGCAUGAAGAUCCGGGUGGCCAUGUGUCACAUGAUCUACCGUAAGGCUCUCAGUCUUAACAACACGGCGCUGACUAAAACGACGACGGGACAAAUUGUCAAUCUGUUGUCCAAUGACGUCACCAGAUUUGAUGAGGUAACUUUGUUUCUGCACUUUCUGUGGAUCACCCCCCUGCAAGCAGCAGGGGUAAUACUAUUGUUGAUGUAUUGGAUGGGCCCAUCGUGCUUUGCGGGAAUGGCCGUCGUCUUCAUCCUGUUACCACUGCAGACUAUGUUCGGAAGACUGUUUUCAAUGCUGAGGGCCGACACGGCGGUCCUGACCGAUGACAGGAUACGCACCAUGAAUGAGGUCAUCUCCGGGAUCCGUGUUAUCAAGAUGUACGGGUGGGAAAAACCCUUCGCUACACUUGUGGAUGAAGUCCGAAGAUUGGAAAUCUCCAAAAUAAUGAAAAGCUCUUACCUGCGUGGCUUGAACAUGGCUUCUUUCUUCGUGGCCAGCAAGCUCAUCAUCUUCCUCACCGUUUGCGUCUACGUGCUGAUGGGGAACCAACUGUCUUCCAGCACCAUCUUCAUGGCCCUUUCCCUCUACAGCGCCGUCAGACUCACCAUUACGCUUUUCUUUCCGUCCGCCAUUGAGAAGGCCUCGGAGUGCCUCAUCAGCAUCCGAAGAAUUAAGAAUUUUCUCCUUCUGGAUGAAGUUGCUCCUCAGCAUCUGGGUCUCCCGGUGACCGAGAAGAAAGACUGCAUGUUGAAGGUUCAGGAUUUGACCUGCUACUGGGAUAAGAUGCAAGAUGCCCCAACCUUACAGAACGUGUCGUUGACAGUGAGGCCCGAUCAGUUGCUUGCCGUGAUCGGCCCCGUUGCCUCGGGGAAGUCUUCGCUCCUCAACGCCAUCUUGGGUGAGCUGAGCCCAGAAAGUGGCACGGUCAAGGUCCGCGGGGAUCUGACCUACGCCUCCCAGCAGCCCUGGAUUUUACCCGGCACCGUCCGAAGCAACAUUCUUUUCGGGAAAGAGCUCAACCGCUUGAAGUAUGACAAAGUGCUGAGAGCCUGCGCCCUCAAGAGAGACAUGGAGCUGCUGCCGGGGGGCGACUUAGCAUGCGUCGGAGACAGAGGGUCCAACCUGAGUGGAGGACAGAAGGCGAGAAUCAGCUUGGCCAGAGCAGUGUACCAGGAUGCAGACAUCUACUUGCUGGAUGACCCUCUCAGCGCCGUGGACGCCGAAGUCGGCAAGCACAUCUUUGAGGAGUGUAUUUGUGGCCUUCUGAAGAGCAAGCCGCGGGUUCUCGUCACUCACCAGCUGCAGUACCUCAAGGCCGCACAUCACGUUCUAGUAUUGAAGGAGGGGAAAACGGUGGCCAGCGGGAGCUACAGCGAGUUGCAGACCUCAGGACUCGACUUCUCCUCACUCCUCAAGAUGGAGGACAGUCAGGAGGAAAGAGCGAGCACGACCCCCUCGGCCUUGUACUGCCCCUCGAGCCUGUCGAACAAUUCCAUUUCCUCCAUGACGUCCCUGUCCGCCUCCUGCUACUCGCUGAUGGAGGAGACGCUCACGCUGGCAGCGCGGCCCACGGACGAGGAAAGCCGCACGCAGGGGCACAUCGGCCUGCAAAUGUACGUGAAAUAUUUCAGAGCGGGCGCUAACUUCCUGCUUCUCUUCAACCUCGUUCUCCUCAACGCUUUUGCCCACGUGGCGUUUGUUCUGCAGGACUGGUGGCUUGCUCGUUGGACCUCCGAGCAGCAGCUCGUCAACCAAAGUGGGCCCCUCAACGGCAGCCUCCCCGCACAGCUGGACCUUGACCUGUACCUAAGUGUUUUCGCAGGUUUAACAGGUGCGUCCGUCGUGUUUGGCUUUGUGCGCAGCCUGGUCUUCUUCAACAUCCUGGUGAACUCAGCCCAGACCCUUCACAACCGCAUGUUUGACGCCGUCCUGCGGACGCCGGUGCACUUUUUCCAAAUCAACCCAAUUGGAAGAAUCCUCAACAGGUUUUCCAAAGACAUCGGCUACCUGGACUCCCUCCUGCCGUGGACGUUUGUGGACUUCACCCAGGUGUUCCUUCAAGUUCUUGGUGUGAUCUUAGUGUCCGCCAUCGUCAUGCCCUGGAUCCUCAUCCCGUUUGUUCCUCUCCUCGCCGUCUUCCUGGGUUUGCGGCGCUACUAUCUUCAGACCUCCAGGGACAUCAAGCGCUUGGAGGCAACCACGAGGAGUCCCGUCUUCUCCCACCUCUCUUCUUCCCUGCAAGGCCUGAGCAUCAUCCGAGCAUUCAAGGUUCAGCAGACAUUUCAGAAAAUGUUUGAUGACUAUCAAGAUCUCCACUCAGAGGCUUGGUUCCUGUUCCUGGCGACCUCUCGCUGGUUAGCCGUGCGCCUUGAUGGGAUUUGUUCCAUUUUCGUUACCCUCACUGCCUUUGGCUGCAUUUACUUCAGCGAUGACAUGGACUCUGGCGAGGUUGGCCUGGCUCUGUCGUACGCCGUGACACUGACCGGCAUGUUCCAGUGGGGCGUCCGGCAAAGUGCGGAGAUCGAGAAUAUGAUGACAUCUGUGGAGAGGGUGGUGGAGUACACAGAACUGGAGAGUGAAGCACCCUGGGAAACGGACACCAAGCCGUCGCACGAUUGGCCCAAGAUGGGCUCCAUCACAUUUGACUCCGUCAACUUCUCCUACAGCGCCAGCGAGCCCCUCAUCCUCAAGAACUUGACUGUGGUCUUCACAACCAGAGAGAAGGUGGGCAUUGUGGGGCGCACCGGUGCCGGCAAGAGCUCUCUGAUCUCGGCCUUGUUCCGCCUGGCAGAGCCCGAGGGCAGGAUUGUGAUUGAUGGGUUCCGCACAUCUGACAUUGGUCUGCACACCCUCCGCCAGAAGAUGUCCAUCAUCCCGCAGGACCCGGUUCUCUUCACGGGCACCAUGAGGAAGAAUCUGGACCCUUUCAGCCAGCACACAGAUGAGGACCUGUGGAAUGCACUCCAAGAGGUGCAGAUGAAGGCUGCGGUGGAGGAACUGCCCAACAAACUGGAGGCGCUGCUGACCGAGUCGGGCUCCAACUUCAGCAUGGGCCAGAGGCAGCUGCUCUGUCUGGCCAGAGCCAUCCUACGCAAAAACCGCAUCCUUGUCAUCGACGAGGCCACGGCCAAUGUGGACCCAAGAACCGACAGCCUGAUCCAGCAGACGAUCCGGGGCAAGUUUCGAGAGUGCACCGUCCUCACCAUCGCUCACAGGCUCAACACCAUCAUUGACUGUGACAGAAUACUGGUCCUGGAUGCCGGUAAGAUCCACGAGUACGAUGAGCCUUACAUGCUGCUCCAAAACCACGAAGGGCUUUUCUACCAAAUGGUACAGCAGACAGGCCAAGCAGAGGCUGCCUCACUUCUGAACGCCGCCAAACAGGUGCACGAGAACAAAAAGCGGGAGCCGCGCCACCUCCAGGACGUCGUCUUCGAGACGUCGCUCUGACACCUCGGAGAGCGGCUCCGACCGCCGUCGCCGACCAAGCCCUCCCUCGGAAGUAUUUAUUUUUUUAUUCGACUGUACAUCAUAAUGUCCAUUUUAGUGUGUAUGUGUGCCUUCAAUGAUUGCACAACUGUUUAGCGGCGGCGUCUUGCUAUGUGGAUGUUUGUGCACUUGUGGGCCUUUUGCGGGGAAGUCAAUCCUGUGCCGGUGCUUGAAAGUGCACGCACUGAAUGUAUUCACUCUGUUGCACUUAAAUGAAUGAUUGGUGAGCUCGCGAAGAAUUGUGUGCCUUCUUCUUGGGUUUGCAAUUUUUUUAUUUUUUUUUUCUUAUGAGUCCACCUGCUGCACUUUGAACACUGUCGACCUCAGCUCAGGACACAGCAGGAUGUGUGAAAUGCAGCAAUCAUUUGACAUUUAGGCAACAACACCAACAUAAAAAAAGUCUUGUCAGUAUUAAUUCUUACUGGAAGGACACUUUUGCAAGAUUUCUGUUUUUUUUUCCAUUGAAAAUGUCAUCAUGAACGCUGUAACGUGCUAAUAUGUUUUUUUUUAUAAGUUAAAAUGUUUUUUUUUUGCUGACAACACCUCCACUCAAGUGUAUAUCAGUCUCUUUUUUUGGGGGGGUGCUGCUCUUUUGUCACUUGACUGUGGGCAUGAUAUUUUCAUAACAGUUUACGAAGGAGUAUCAGGGCAACACAGGAAAAAAUAAGAGACAUUGGGAGAGUAAAGCAAAUUUUUGGGGGGGGAAAUUGAGGAAAUGUUCCAACAAAAAAUAUGUUUUUAUUUAAAUAAAGUAAUCUAAUGAGAAGAAAGUUUCAUCUUGAAGGUAAUUUUAGCGCAAUAUUGUGAUAAUAAAGCUUUGUUUUUACAAAAAUAAAAGUAAUUAACGGACUACUGUUUUUUUUUUUUUUACUUCACUAAAAGUGAGACUUAAAAAAGUAAAAUGAAAACUGGCAUAUUUUUCAGAAUAAUGUCAUGUCGUUAUCCAAGCCGCUUAUCCUCACAAGGGUUGCGGGGAAAGCUGGAGCCUAUUCCAGCGAGCUUCGGGCGAAAGGCGGCCUACACCCCGAACUGGUCGCCAGUCAGUCGCAUGCCAGAUGUCGACACCAUCACUGAGCGAGAAU